AUGGCAGAAAUCAACCCUCAAGCUGUUCACGAUGAAAUGGUGGCGAUUGCCUACGAGGCAGGACGAAUGAUUCUCGCCGCCAACCCUGCUGAUCUCGAUACAGGGACUAAACUCAACUCCGUCGACAUUGUCACCGAGGCAGACCAGGCUGUUGAGAAAAUGGUGUCCACCAGACUGGCCAACUCAUUCCCAUCCUUUUCCUUCAUGGGCGAGGAGACAUACAAGCCUGGCAUGAAACUAGGACCAGAACCUACCUUUGUUGUUGAUCCCAUUGACGGCACCACCAACUUCAUCCACUCAUUCCCCAACGCCUGCAUCUCCCUCGGCCUUGCGGUCGAGCGCUCCCCAGCCGUCGGCGUCAUCUACAACCCCUGGCAAGACCUACUAUUCACAGCCAUCAAAGGCAAGGGCGCAUACAUGACCCGCAUCAAAGGCACGACUCCUCAAAAAUUACCGCUCGCAAAGUCCCCACGCCCGCUCCAAGGCAUCGGCACCUCCCUCAUAGCCAUCGAAUGGGGGUCCGGCCGCGACGGGCCCAACUUCGAGCUCAAGACAGACGUGUUCAAGAAACUGGCUGCUAGUCGGGAAACCGGCGGCUCCAUGGUGCAGUCGCUUCGAUCUUUGGGCUCAGCGGCGCUUAACACGGCGGCCGUUGCGGCUGGGCAGUUGGACGCCUACUGGGAGGGCGGGUGCUGGGCUUGGGAUGUCUGUGCAGGGUGGUGCAUUCUCACGGAGGCGGGGGGCAGGAUGGUGAGUGGGAAUCCUGGGAAUUGGGAGCCGGAGCUUGAGUCGAGGGUGUAUUUGGCUGUGAGGGGGGCGCCGACUGGGCAGACGGAGUUGGUGGAGGAGUUUUGGAAGGUUGUUGGGGAUAGGAAGAUGGAUUACUCGGUUUAG